AUGCCGACACUGCCGGCGAUCAAGGACUCAGGAGCCGACCACAACCGCGACCAUGACCGCCGCGCCGAAGCCUGUGCACCUGCGCCAGGUCGUGAACCUCCCGUGUCGACAUCGUCAGCGUCCUCCCAGACGAGUGCGUCUACGCCUGCGUCAGCAUCGUCUCCCAGGUCGACGAUCCCACCUGCGACGACAAGCGCCCAGCAGCGCGCACGCUCACGGACGAUAGAGACGCAGAGGGUUGGCUCAGGACUUGCGAGUCCAGGUUCACUUGGGCUGCCUCGCAUCCUGGGUGUAGAGCGGCUGACCCUUCCCGGGCUACCAGAUCACGGACUCGGGGCUUCAUAUACGAUCUAUGCACUUACUAUUGUCAUUCAGGUGUCUACAUUGAACACCGUCCUCUUCCCGGCGGCAUUCCCGGACCACGUGCGGAACUUCGUGUCCAAGCUCGCACCGAACGCACACAAGAUCAAGCUGAAGAAGAACGGGAUCACGGUGGACAGCAUCCACCAGUUCUACCUCGACCGCAAGAGCGGGGAGCACAAGUACACGGUGCUCACGCAAUUCUAUGAGCUCCCCACAGUCGGGCACAGUAUCAUCUUCUGUCAGCACCGGCACACAGCAGACCAGAUCACGCAGCGGAUGAUGGCGCAGGGGCACAGGGCCACGUCGCUGCACAGCGCGAAGGACACGGCGGAGCGCGACACGAUCAUCGACUCAUUCCGCGAGGGCCGCGAGAAGGUGCUCAUCACGACGAGUGUGAUCGCGCGUGGGGUCAACAUCCUGCAGGUUGAACAUGGUUGUUAA